AUGACUCCCGAUACUGACAAGAAGAAACUGACACUUACCAAGGCUGUGAGCAGCAGCCCCGGGAACAACAAACCCAGAGUUACGCCCACAGCCACAACCAAGACUAUGAUGCCACCAUUACACGGAACUUCGGCAGCUACCCGAACCAUGGAAGGGAGCAACGAAGACCCUGACGAGGGUGCUUCUAAAACAAGACUACAAGACCAGGAGUGCCUUAUGACCAGAAGAGAUCCAAACUCCGUAGAUGACAUGACCAUUAAGACCGGACGAGACAAGUCCCCUACUAACUAUGACGACCAAGCUCUCGGCAUCAGACGAAUCGAAUACCUGACCGAUGAAGCACGCAAUACUCCAGGGCUCCCUCUGGACGCGACCCUGCAGGCAAGUAUAACACAACAACCAAAUGAAACUUACACCAACACCAAAUCACCGCGCUUGCAAGCGGGUGACCCAGCAAGCUUUAAAGGCGCUACGAUCCCCCCGCCCCUUACGAACGCGAAGGCUGACACCCGGCCUCCCGGUCUAAAGGCCGACGUGCGCUCCCCGAAAACAGCCACUUCGCAGGCCACGACUACUGCAACUACCCCUGGGAUUCAGAGCUUCAAAAACCGGGGGUCAAAGAAGCUUUGA